GAGACAACUUUGGCACCACAAGUGACUUUGAUGAAUGAGCAGCGCAGGCCAUUCAUGGAAACGAUAUACUACUACUACUCCGAUAUAAUCAGCAAUGACGUCAAUCUUCAAGCUCCAAGCUCCAUUCACUGUCGAACUAUAUAUGUCCAAUCGAAAGGAGGAGCUCUAGCUAGAUUGGUUGAUUCGUGUUGAACAAUCAGGCGCUCUCUUCCGAAAGUUCACCGCAGCGGCGGCAAGCAUGCAGCGGCAAGAGGAGUCCGGCGAGGACAUCGUGAUCGUGGGCGCCGGGCUCGCCGGGCUCGCCGCCGCGCUCGGGCUGCACAGGAAAGGGGUGAGGAGCGUGGUGCUGGAGUCGUCCCCGUCGCUCCGGGCGUCGGGGUUCGCCUUCGCCACGUGGCCCAACGCCUUCCGCGCGCUCGACGCCCUCGGCGUCGGCGACCAGAUCAGGAAGCUCCACCUGCACAUCGAGGGGCUGCGCGUCAUGUCGGCGUCCACGGGUGAGAUAGCGAAGGAGGUGGACUUCAGGGACGAGUUCAGCUGCGUCAGGCGGGACGUGCUGCUGCAGGUCCUGGCGGCGGAGCUGCCGACGGGCACCAUCCGCUACUCCUCCAAGAUCGUCUCCAUCGACGAGCACGGCGACGGCGCCAAGAUGCUCCACCUCGCCGACGGCUCGACUCUCCGGGCGAAGGUGCUGGUCGGCUGCGACGGGAUCAACUCCGUGGUGGCCAGAUGGCUGGGGCUCGCCAAGCCGUCGCACUCCGGGCGCUCCGCCACGCGGGGCCUCGCGUGUUACCCCGACGGCCACGGCUUCCCGCCCAAGUUCUUGCAGCUCUUUGGCAACGGCUUCCGCUUCGGCUUCGUGCCCUGCAACGACACCGACGUCUACUGGUUCUACACAUGGUCUCCCUCCCAAGACGAUGAUGGUGUCGCUGAGAGCGGUACCAAGAUGAAGCAGUACGUGCUGACGAAGCUGAGGAGCUCCAAGGUGCCCGCAGAGGCGCGGGAAGUGGUGGAGAGGAGCGAGCUGAGCGACGACGCGCCCGCCGCGCCGCUGCGGUUCCGGCCGCCGCUCUCGCUCGUGUUCGCGGGCAUCAGCAAGGGGGACGUGUGCGUGGCCGGAGACGCGCUGCACCCGAUGACGCCGGACCUGGGCCAGGGCGGCUGCGCGGCGCUGGAGGACGGCGUCGUACUGGCCAGAUGCCUCGGCGAGGCCAUCCUCGGUGGCGAUGGCGACGGAGCGACAGGCGGCACUGAGAAGGAGAGGAUCGAGUCGGGCCUGCGCAGGUACGUCGGUAUACGGCGGUGGAGGAGCAUCGAGCUCAUCGGAACGGCCUACGUUGUCGGCUUCCUGCAGCAGAGUGGUAACAGGAUCAUCAGCUUUCUGCGGGAGAAGGUGUUGGCUGGAGUACUCGCGGGAAGGCUCGUGAAGAUGUCGGACUACGACUGCGGGACCCUGUCAAGCUGGGGAGUACAGUAGUACUAGUACAUUUGAGGCGAUCAGGAUAGUCAAAGCAUCUCCAGCCCUGAAACAGGGCACCAAAAGGCUCGGAGUAAAAAAAAAAGAAGGCACCAAAACUGCAUCUUUUGGCACGAAAAUGUUGCGUUUCCAACAGCUGCCUAUAACAGGGCAUCAAAAUAUCAAAAGUCUCGCAUUGCAUUA